GCGCCAUUUCAUUAUACAUUAUUCUCGUGAUCAAUUAUAAACCUAGUGUUUAUGAUGACGAUCACCCUUAUUGGAUACUCCGUUUAUUAUUGCCCCCCUCCGAAUCGAAGGAUUCGGAGUGCGGAAAAAUAUUAUUAUAUACGUAAGGUAAGUCAAUGAGCUAACCUAUCCUGGGCGCAACCAGGAGGGGACAAUAGCAUGCUCAUAAAGGCGAAUGAAAGAGUUUCGUCAAGAUAUGCAGUGUAUGGUGAGGUUAACGAACUCUUAACAGCAAUUGGAGGGUCAGAAAUCCCUACUGGUUCAAAACCAGUUGUCGGAUCUGUUCAAGGGGUUUACAUAAUGCCCAGUGAAUUGAGAAUCCAGUCCGACCCAGCAGAAAGUAUCAUGCUUAUAGAAAGUAUCAUGCUUAUAGAAAGUAUCGUGCUUAUAUUGCCAGAGCACCUAACCACAGCUAGAAAAAUGUAUAGGAACUUGGGAUCAUCUGAAACGUGAAAACGUAUAGAUGACAGAGGUUCCAUAUUAGGUGGAAUAUGACGACCUAUGCGUGCUCUGCAUUCAUCGGCGUCCCCACUGAAGGGAACUAGUCAAGGGUUGUCAAGUAAAAGUAAAAGUAAAAGUAUGCCCGCGGGUAUAGCUAAGCUAGACAAACUAUUAAAAAACAUAAAUUAUAAAUCAGAUUAUAAAUACACUAAUAUUCGUUCUAUUAUAGCUAAUUCUGAAUUCUUAUUGUAUGCAUAUAGUCUUAUUAAAUAUAAAUCAAAUAAUAUGACAUAUGAUAAGAAAACCUUUGAUGACCUUUCUUUACAUGACUUUGAUGUUAUAGCUAGAGAAAUAGGAUCUGGAGCUUUUAAGUUCCGUCCCAGUCGUAGAAUAAAAAUAUCUAAACACAAAGGUGGUGUUAGACUGUUAGGAAUCCCUUCACCUCGUGAUAAAAUCGUACUAACAGCUAUGAAGGUUAUUCUUGAAACUAUAUUCGAACCACAUAUGUCUAUAUACUCUCAUGGUUUUAGAAUUAAUAAAAAUGUACAUACAGCCUUAUACCAAGUGAGAAGUAUUUUCAAAGAAAUAUCAUGGUUUAUUAAGGUAGAUAUAACCAAUUGUUUUGAUAAUUUAUCUCAUAAUAUUAUUAUACAAAAGGUAGCAGAUAAAAUACAAGAUCAAGUAUUUUUAGAUCUUUUAUACAAAAGUUUUAAUGCUGGAUAUAUUGAUCCUAGUAAACAAUUCUUCCCCCCUCUGAUUGGAAUUGGAAUUGGAAAGGAUUCGGAGGGAAUAAUACCUAAAGCUGGGUAUACUCAAGGUUAUAGUAUAAAUCCUAUUCUGUCUAAUAUAUUACUCACAGUAUUGGAUAAAUGAUUAGAAGAUUACUCAAAUAGUUUUAGCAAAGGUACUCGUCGUAAGACCAACCCUUUGUAUGAUAAUUAUAUUAAUCGCAUUCCUAAUAUAAAGAAUACUUUACGAACGGAAAUACACAAUGAUAAAAUACGUUCUCAUAUAGGUAACGAUCCAGACUUUAAACGUAUGAGAUUUGUUAGAUAUGCAGAUGACUGCUUAAUAGGUGUCAGUGGCUCAUAUAAGGAUUGCUGUCAAAUCAAGAAUGAUAUAACAGUAUUUCUGAAAGACAAGUUGGAUAUUGAGUUGUCGCAAGAUAAAAUUAACAUAACUUCAGCCACCAAGUCAAAGGCUCAUUUUCUAGGAUUUGAUAUAACCAUAACUCCAUAUGAGAAGAGACAGUUAAAAAGAGUGUUUAGAAAGAACGGUACUACUCGCCUGGUAGUGCAGAACUCUAGACCACAAAUAAUAGCUCCAAUACGUAAAAUUGUAGCUAAUCUUGAAACUGGUGGGUUUUGCAGAAAAGGUAGACGUGGAGUGCCCACUCGUGUAGGUAAAUUCAUUCAUCUACCAUUACCUCUAAUUAUAGAUAAAUACCUAGCUUUAGGUAAAGGUCUUCUUAACUACUAUUCAUGUGCUGAUAAUUUCACUCGUCUUAAAGCAAGAGUUACUUAUAUUCUUAAAUACUCAUGUGUAUUAACAUUCGCAUCUAAACUAAAACUCAAUACUAUGAAGGUUGUUAUACGUAAAUACGGAUAUAAUCUAAUAGUUAAUGAGAAAGUGAAAGGAUCUAUGAAGGAAGUAGCACGUUUUGAUGAUAAAAUGUUAUAUCAAAUAAAGUCUGGAUUUAAAUUAUCUGAUAUGAAAGAUUAUGAAUCUAAAUCAACAAUAGAUUUAGCUAUUCGAAAUAAAAAACUAUUCGAAGGUCAAUGCAAGAUAAGUGGAUCUAAAAACAAUAUUGAAGUUCAUCAUAUUAAACAUAUAUCUAAAAUAUAUAAAAAUCGGUAG